CGCCCUCGCCGCGGAGCGGGAUCGUCCGAGCCGCGCGCGUCGCUAGGGCCUCCUCCCCCCGGCACAUGGUCGCCCGCCCCUUCCUGCGCCGCGCUCGCCGCCCGUGCCUCGCCUGGCCGCCGCCGCUGCGGGCGGGCACUCCGCGUUCGGGCAGCCCGGCCCGCGCCCCCCGCUGCUCCCGCUGCUCCCCGCCGCACCCUGCGUUCAGCUCCGAGAGCCGCGAUCGCUCGGCCGAGGGGGCCGGGACGCGGGCGUCUGCGGAGCCGUCGCCGAGCCCGCGAUGGAAUAAUGCCCAGCGGCUCGCCUGGUCCCGGAUGCCGGACCAGAUCUCCGUCUCCGAGUUCAUCGCCGAGACCACCGAGGACUACAACUCGCCUACCACGUCCAGCUUUACCACGCGGCUGCACAACUGCAGGAACACCGUUACCCUGCUGGAGGAGGCGCUAGACCAAGAUAGAACAGCCUUGCAGAAGGUGAAGAAGUCUGUGAAAGCAAUAUACAAUUCCGGUCAAGAUCAUGUACAGAAUGAAGAAAACUAUGCACAAGUUCUGGAUAAGUUUGGGAGUAAUUUUUUAAGCCGAGACAACCCAGAUCUUGGCACUGCUUUUGUCAAAUUUUCUACUCUUACAAAGGAACUGUCCACACUGCUGAAAAAUCUGCUCCAGGGUCUGAACCACAAUGUGAUCUUCACUUUGGAUUCCUUGUUAAAGGGAGACCUGAAGGGAGUCAAAGGAGAUCUCAAGAAGCCAUUCGACAAAGCCUGGAAAGAUUAUGAGACGAAGUUUACAAAAAUCGAGAAGGAGAAGAGGGAGCACGCGAAGCAGCACGGCAUGAUCCGCACGGAGAUCACCGGGGCCGAGAUCGCCGAGGAGAUGGAGAAGGAGCGGCGCCUCUUCCAGCUGCAGAUGUGUGAGUAUCUCAUCAAAGUUAAUGAAAUCAAGACCAAAAAGGGCGUGGAUCUGCUGCAGAACCUGAUAAAGUAUUAUCACGCACAGUGCAAUUUCUUUCAAGAUGGCUUGAAAACGGCUGAUAAACUGAAACAAUACAUUGAGAAACUGGCUGCUGAUUUAUAUAACAUAAAACAGACACAGGAUGAAGAGAAGAAACAGCUCACCGCACUCCGAGACUUAAUCAAAUCCUCUCUUCAACUCGAUCAGAAAGAAUCUAGGAGAGAUUCUCAGAGCCGGCAGGCGGGAUACAGCAUGCACCAGCUGCAGGGCAAUAAGGAGUACGGCAGCGAGAAGAAGGGGUACCUGCUGAAGAAAAGUGACGGGAUCCGCAAAGUGUGGCAGCGGAGGAAGUGCGCCGUCAAGAACGGGAUGCUGACCAUCUCCCACGCCACGUCUAACAGGCAGCCAGCGAAGCUGAACCUUCUCACCUGCCAGGUGAAACCGAAUACCGAGGACAAGAAGUCUUUUGACUUGAUCUCACAUAACAGGACGUAUCACUUUCAGGCGGAAGACGAACAGGACUACGUAGCGUGGAUUUCAGUGCUGACAAACAGCAAGGAGGAGGCCCUGACCAUGGCCUUCCGGGGCGAGCAGAGCACGGGCGAGAACAGCCUGGAAGACCUGACCAAAGCCAUCAUUGAGGACGUCCAGCGGCUCCCGGGGAAUGACGUCUGCUGCGACUGCGGCUCGUCAGAACCAACCUGGCUCUCCACCAACUUGGGCAUUCUGACCUGCAUAGAAUGUUCCGGCAUCCACAGGGAAAUGGGGGUUCACAUUUCUCGCAUCCAGUCUUUGGAACUAGACAAAUUAGGGACUUCUGAACUCUUGCUGGCCAAGAAUGUAGGAAAUAAUAGUUUCAACGAUAUUAUGGAAGCAAAUUUACCAAGCCCCUCACCAAAACCCACCCCGACGAGUGAUAUGACUGUACGGAAAGAAUAUAUCACGGCCAAGUAUGUCGAUCACCGGUUUUCAAGGAAGACCUGUUCUUCUUCCUCCGCUAAACUGAACGAAUUGCUGGAGGCCGUCAGAUCCAGGGAUUUGCUUGCACUAAUUCAAGUCUAUGCAGAGGGCGUGGAGCUCAUGGAGCCGCUGCUGGAACCCGGGCAGGAGCUCGGGGAGACAGCCCUUCAUCUUGCAAUCCGAACUGCAGACCAGACAUCUCUCCAUCUGGUUGACUUUCUUGUACAAAACUGCGGGAACCCGGACAAGCAGACGGCGCUGGGGAACACAGCCCUGCACUACUGCAGCAUGUACGGAAAGCCCGAGUGUCUGAAGCUUGUGCUCAGGAGCAAGCCCACCGUGGACGUCGUGAACCAGGCCGGCGAGACAGCCCUCGACAUAGCCAAGAGACUCAGAGCCACCCAGUGUGAAGACUUGCUUUCCCAGGCUAGGUCGGGGAAGUUCAACCCACACGUGCACGUCGAGUAUGAAUGGAACCUCCGACAGGAGGAGAUGGACGAGAGCGACGAUGAUCUGGAUGACAAGCCGAGCCCCAUCAAGAAGGAGCGCUCGCCGCGACCUCAGAGCUUCUGCCACUCCUCCAGCCUCUCCCCGCAGGACAAGCUGUCCCUGCCGGGCUUCGGCACUCCGCGGGACAAGCAGCGGCUCUCCUACGGCGCCUUCACCAACCAGAUCUUCGCCUCCACGAGCACAGACUCGCCCACGUCACCCACCUCGGAGGCCCCUCCAUUGCCCCCCAGGAACGCCGGGAAAGGUCCAACCGGCCCGCCUUCAACACUCCCUCUAAGCACCCAGACCUCUAGUGGCGCCUCCACCCUGUCCAAGAAGCGGCCUCCCCCCCCACCGCCCGGACACAAGAGAACCCUGUCCGACCCUCCCAGCCCACUACCUCACGGGCCCCCAAACAAAGGCGCAGUUCCUUGGGGUAACGAUAUGGGUCCAACAUCAUCCGGCAAGAGCGCAAACAAGUUCGAGGGACUUUCUCAGCAGUCGAGCACUGCUUCUGCAAAGACUGCACUUGGUCCAAGAGUUCUUCCUAAACUACCUCAGAAAGUGGCACUACGGAAGACGGAAACCAGCCAUCAUCUCUCCCUAGACAAAGCCAACAUCCCACCUGAAAUCGUCCAGAAGUCGUCACAGCUGGCAGACUUGCCGCAGAAGCCACCGCCGGGGGACCUGCCCCCGAAGCCCGCCGACCUGGCCCCCAAACCCCAAAUGGGAGAUGUGCCGCCGAAGCCGGGAGAGCUGCCCCCCAAGCCGCAGCUGGGCGACCUGCCGCCCAAGCCCCAGCUCUCGGACUUACCCCCCAAGCCGCAGAUGAAGGACCUGCCUCCCAAGCCUCAGCUGACCGACCUGCUGGCGAAAUCCCAGCCGGGAGACAUCUCGCCCAGGGCGCAGCCGCCCUGCGACGUGGCCCUGAAGUCGCACCCAGCGGAUCUGUCCCCGAAUGUGCCCCCCCGAGACGCCAUCCAAAAGCAAGCCUCCGAGGACGCCAACGACCUGACGCCCCCUCUGCCGGAGACGCCCGUCCCGCUGCCCAGGAAGAUCAACACGGGGAAGAACAAGGUGCGGCGCGUGAAGACCAUUUACGACUGCCAGGCGGACAAUGACGACGAGCUGACCUUCAUCGAGGGCGAAGUGAUCGUGGUCACGGGGGAGGAGGACCAGGAGUGGUGGAUCGGCCACAUCGAGGGGCAGCCUGAGCGGAGGGGGGUCUUCCCGGUGUCCUUCGUCCACAUCCUGUCCGACUAGCGAAAAGCAGAACCUUGAGAUGGUCCGCGCCCUCCAGCGAGACUGCCUCCCCGUCACCUGUGCACACGUGUACACAGCUGCCGCCGCCGCUGCCGGAGCAGACACCCCCCGGAGGGCGGUGCAGGAGUGGACUGUAGCGUCUGUUGUAAAUAAAUACCCUGUUGUUUUCUGCCUUUGCCAGUAUUAGGGGGGCCUGGGACCCGGCGCGCCGUCCUGGUUUGCCAAAGCCGUCCUUGGCGUCUAGCACUUACGUCUCUGUCUACGCUGUUUCCGAGCAGACGGGAACAGAGGAGCGGCUGGCUUUGCAGACACGAGUGGUCUCAGCAGCCGUCGGGAGGCGUCAAACGGACUCUCCGGCCCGCACCUCACAGUGUUCUGAGUCCUGUUACUGAAAUGCGACGUGAGCAAAGGGGCGGGUUCUGUUUUCCAGGCGGAGCUCCCGGCUCCGCGACAGGCCGGCCCGUGGUUGUCCGCGCGCACCAUGUAUCGCUCCCCGCGCCGACGCCGGUAUUUAUUACGGGAAAGUGCUCGGUGAAACCCAAGUGUUACUCCUUCCGCAGAGUCAUCGCCAACCCCAAAACCUCGGGUCACAUUUUACUGUGCCCACAGCCUCUUGCAAGUCUAGACAAGUGGACUUAUGCUGUCUUCUGAGGAGUGCCCGCCCCUGAGAUUUUACCUCAUUAUGCAAAAAUAACAUAGCCUUCAUGACUAUUUUGACUAAAGUUUAAAACCCCUUGAGUGAAGUUCAACUGUCAGGAACCAAGGACUGCCAGGAAAUACUAGCCUCUACCUUAUGCAUGUGUUUAGAAGCUCACCUGAAAUCUGCCUUUUAUAAAGGAACCGUAUGGGUCAGUUGAACUGUACAUUUUUUAAACCGGAUUGCCAUUAAAGCAGAAAUUAUAAGGUUGCAACAAUA